AUUUUCACCAAUCAAGCUUCAACUUUCGUUUUGAAGUUGCCAUAUGAGAUGUAAACAUUCCUUCUUUUAGUUGAGGUCGUCAUGUGAUCUAAUGACAUAUCACAGCUGAGGUGUAUAACAACACAACAGUGACAAGAUGGAUGGACAGUCAGGGAUCCGGGUAAAGGGGUUAGAUAAACAUUUGACAACUGAUAAGGACCUGAAGAUGUAUUUUAGAAAUCCAAAGAAUGGAGGUGGAGAUAUCCGCAAGAUUUACUACCCCCUCCUCGACAACGACGCUGUCAUUUUGUUUAAAAAUGAUGACAUUGUACAUAAUAUCCUGUCAAUACCCAAACAUUUGUUACACGGUACCUCUAUCAAGCUGAGUAGACUGCCUCCAAUGGUUUUCACAACAAUUGAAGCCAAGUUAGAACCAGAUAUUUCUUCGAUUGUUCUGGGUACUACUGAUAUCUAUGAUGAGCUUAAAUUUUAUGCUGAUGUGGAGAUCUGCUCUCAUGAAGAGGACAAUAGUUGCAGCCUGAAGGGUGACUGGUAUCAGAUUGAACGUGCCUGGCAGAUCAUACACCUGGCAAUGGGAUACCAGAAGAAGAUCCAGUAUCGCCUUCAACAGCAACUUAGCACAGAAAAUGGUGAUGACAAGUCACGGGCGCGCUAUCGUCCUCAGGGAAAAUCUACUGAUUUAGAAGACGACAGUGAUGAUUCUGAUGAAGGAACCCCCCGAAACGGAUCGUCAGUGCCACAUCCUUAUUCUGCUGGUAGGAAAAUGCAAGACUCCCAGUAUAGUGUUGUGGGAGCGAGCGUUACAGACAGCAUUAUAUCCUCGACACCGUUUGAGGAUGACAUCGCAGAGGAAGUUCGAGGAAUGGGGCAGAAAAAAUCAGCAGCAGCAACAAAAUCAUCAUCAGCAGCAAAUACUCCUUAUGUACAAGGCGACAGUGAAGAAAUGUACACAUCACAUAAGUACAACCAACGGAAGGUAGGCGAUAAGAGAGGUAAGAGUUUCAAGUCAAAGACAAAUGAGGAAAGCCACUCUAGUUACAGUUCAAAGUCAGACAAGGGACAUCACUCUGGUCAAAGGUCUGAGGGAGACAAGGGAGGUUACUCUAGUUACAGGUCGGAGGCAGACAGAGGUACUGGACACACUUCCCAUUCAGCACAUCGGCAUCUAGCAUCUCCGUCAGAUGAUUAUUCCAGAAACUAUUCUUCACUGCAAGGAACAACUUAUGAUCACCUAUUCCCAAGGGUAGAAAUAGUAUCUCCUUCCCACCAAACAGACACCAGAGCAACAGGUGAGGAAGUGGGAGGCAGAGGAAGUAAAACGUAUACAGUUCCAAGGCACCAGUCUAGAUCUUUGUUGGAUGAUGUACAAAUGAAUUCUGACGACUCGGAAACAGAAGUGAUGAGUAUAAGCUACCAAAAACACAGACAACAAGAUCAAAAUGACACUUUUAAGCACUUUUCUUCACAAAUCAGUGUUACAGAACAUUCAGAUUCUGUUGCAAAGAGCUCAUCGCGGAGAGGAAGCAAUGACUCUGACACCCGACUGAGGCAGGCUCACAAUUAUAACACUGUCAAUGGGACUGGUUCUCAUGCCAGAGAUACAAAUGACAUGUUGAAUAGUGCCAGAUCUCAAGGAACAGUCGAUGUGGAUAAUCGGUUCAGUAGCUUACCUGUCAUGUCAUCACAGCAUGAUGUUUACAAUGGUGCGACACCUGGUCACUCAAGUUCAAGGCUGUCUGAAUCAGACGAAUAUAAAAAGUCAUAUGGAGAAGGUUUUACAGCUUCCUCUACAGACUUGGACUUAGAGAAAGCGAUUUCUGCCUCGUUGAAGUCUAGCGGUCCUGUUGAGGAUUAUUCUGUUGUGGACUCUUAUGAGUUUUAUGUUGGGUACAUCAAAGUGGUAAUAUUCAGGGGCAACAUUACUGAGGUGAAAACCUCAGGCAUUGUUAAUGCAGCCAAUGGCUACCUCGCUCAUGGGGCAGGCAUAGCAGGAGCUAUCGCCAUGGCAGCAGGUCCCAGCAUGCAACAGGAAUGUGAAGAAUUGAAAAGAAAAUAUGGAGCCUUGGAGACUACAACAGUUGUACACACACAAGCUGGUGGCAGACUUAACCGUGAGGUGAACUAUAUCCUCCAUGCUGUGGGACCUAUCUGGAUCGAGGCUAUCAAAGGGAGGUGCACAUUUGAGCUGAUUCUCACAUACCUAAACUGCUUCCGAUAUGCUGAGAAAAUCUGGUUGGACUCCGUAUCAUUGCCUUGUAUAAGUGCAGGGAUUUUUGGCUGUCCGCUGGAUGUGUCCAUUCAGAGUUUUCUGGAUGGCCUGUUGAUAUUUCACAGUGAAAGUGGAGAAAGCUGCCAUUUACGGGAGGUCCAUCUAGUUAACAAUGAUCUUGAUGGAGUGGUCACUUCCAUUGUUCUCAUCAAGUCCCUGUUAGACAAUGGUCUUGACAGUGCAAUAGCUCAGUCACUUGAUCGUUAUGGGACUCUGUCCAAGACUCAUGGUGGGGCAAUCCGCAACACAAAAACAUUGAGACCAAGUUCUAGGCAGCUGUCAAAGGAUGAUGAUAUUAUCGGGGCUAGAAGUAGUUCAGAUGCAAAACGGCUUCCUGCAAGAAGAUCAAGCUCCCUCCAGAGGACAGAUCGCAAAUCGUCUGGUUUUUCUAGCUCAGGAUCUACUAGUGGUCGCAGCGUGAUAGGGGCAAGUAACUCAUCUGCAUUUAAAAGUAUUGCUAGUGACAGAGUUACAGAGCCAAGCUCACGUCAGUCUUUGAGGGAUAAAACUUCAGUAAGAGGCAGAAGUGAGGAAAGACCAUUGUCUUCACGAUCACGAGAGCCAGUUACAUCCAGUGGGAAGUACGAGUCUCCAAGGAGUGGAAGUUCAGUAAGUUCAAGAUCAAAGGCACUUGGCAGUGAUUCUUCGGAAAUUCGCCCAAGGUCAAGUAGCGGUAGCAAGAAGAAGGUCAGUGAACAAAUACUGGCUUCUCAAGGUAGCUCCGCAGCCUUGUCAAGUCCUCGUGGCAUGGGCUCGUCCAGAGCUCCUCCACAGAUGAAACAGGCUUUGGUUGGCACGUCAAAUGGAGCAAGGCUAAAACAGACGAGUCUCAGGACUGGGAAGGCCACACCAGUCAAGGCCACAACAUUACGACAAGACAGCAGUACGAAGUUUAGGGAGAGUGAGAGAGGGACAGGUUCCAGGGUAUACAAAGCAGGCACUAGAGAGUACAACAGGGGUGCGUAUUUGGACGGCUCACAAAGUCUGCCGAUGGGUAUUGAUUCUCCUCACUACUCGUCCUCACGGCUGAGAGGGAACAGUCCGCGGAGGUACACAGAUCAUAAAUACUGAGGUUGUAUUACAGUAUCUCUUCAUAGAAAGCAGUUUCCACAUGCCAGCUUUAUAUAUAAAUUUACCUGUUUAAGAUUUUCAAGUAGUGCUUGUAGGUUUUUUUCACAUAAUUUUAGAUUUGACAUAACAAUUUAUUUAAAUUUGACUAUUUUCAUUGUUCAGUUUUUAUUUUAUUUUCUGCAGGUAUAUAUUUUGUCAUUUUAUAUUUAUGAAAUUGUGCCAUAUAUUAUACUACACAGAUAUGAUGAUUCUAUUAAACUAUUUUGCACAAGUCACUAAUUUUAGAUUAUUAGAAGAUUUAACACAUGAUGAAAAUAAUCUGUGAUUUUACCAAGUAACAAUACAUCAUACUACAUGUAUCAGAGUAUCAGUGCUACCCAAACUGUGGAUAACAUAAGCAAUACCGUAGAGUGCUUGACUGAAAAUAGUUUCGUUAAUUGUUUUGUUUUUUUGGAUAACUCUCCUUUCACACAGAAUCUCAGUAAAAUCUGAACUCAAUGUUAUAUUGACCCGGGACGUUUUGCCUGUCGAUAUAAAGCACAUACUAUUCGAUUCAGUGUGUAUACUCUCUCUAUCGAUAGGCGGGACAUCCUUAAUUCCCAGUUAGAGGAACAUAAAAAACAUACAAUUUUGUCACAUAAUGACAUUGUUGUACCGUUAAAAAAUACAAAUCGCUCGCUCAGUAUUCGCUUAACAAAGGGAGCAGUUGGUCCUGAAAUGUUACGACAUGUUUAACACGUACAUUGUUUGUGUAGAAAGUAAAACUUUGAUAUUACAUAUUUCCAAAUUGAUGAAUCUUAUGGAAGAUAUGAACACACGUCAUCAAGAAUACACUAAGAUGGCACACAGACUCUACUUGGUAUCAGACAUCUGAAGUCAGCGGUUUCUUCAAGAGAUUUCUCAAUGAUUUAACAUUGCGACCGAUUUUCUCAUCUUUAGGAUGGUUACUUACAAGUGGGAUUCUCAACUUUUUUUUUUUUAAAUUGGAUAGUUAGUCUAAAUAUUUUAUUUUAAGGUGUAUGAUAUUUAUGAUAGACUUACAUAGAAUUUAGUCUCUUGUAAUCAUCUUAUAUAGGUAUAGAUCUAAUGUUAUUUGGGAUAGAUCAGACUUACAUAGAAUUUAGUCUCUGGUAAUCAUCAUAUAUAGGUAUAGAUCUAAUGUUAUUUGUGAUAGAUCAGACUUACAUAGAAUUUAGUCUCUGGUAAUCAUCAUAUAUAGGUAUAGAUCUAAUGUUAUUUGUGAUAGAUCAGACUUACAUAGAAUUUAGUCUCUGGUAAUCAUCAUAUAUAGGUAUAGAUCUAAUGUUAUUUGUGAUAGAUCAGACUUACAUAGAAUUUAGUCUCUGGUAAUCAUCAUAUAUAGGUAUAGAUCUAAUGUUAUUUGUGAUAGAUCAGACUUACAUAGAAUUUAGUCUCUGGUAAUCAUCAUAUAUAGGUAUAGAUCUAAUGUUAUUUGUGAUAGAUCAGACUUACAUAGAAUUUAGUCUCUGGUAAUCAUCAUAUAUAGGUAUAGAUCUAAUGUUAUUUGUGAUAGAUCUAUGAAAAUUUUCUGAAAUGGUUUGAUCAUCAUCCAUGUAGUAUUUUUCGCACACUGACUAUGAAAGUAACGGAUUUUGUUUGCUUUCUAACUUAAACAUAUUAUAAAUAUAUGUGAUUGUUUUAUUUCAUUUAUAUCAUGAAAUAACUUGAAACUAACAAGAACAGUAUAUAACACAUCAAACGGUAGAGCACCAUUCAGCAUUGUUUUGGUAUGUGUAUUUUUUAGUUCUCUAGAUAAUAAUUGGUUAUAUUUUUAUGAUGUUACGGAUCUAGAACUCAUAAGGUUUGAUUUGUUUAUAUUUUCACAUCAUGACCAUAAUUUUUAUAACCCGUAAAUGUUAUACAAAUGCAAAUAUUAGAAUAUCAGAUGAUACAUGCCCUUUAUGCCCUUUGCUAUUCCCUCAUUUUUUAUACAAAUGCAAGUAUUAGGACAUCAGAUGAUACAGGCCCUUUAUGCCCUUUGUAUAUUCACUCACAAAACUUGUACUUAUACGUGUACAUUGUAUUGGUUGCUUCUGUUUACAGUUUUUACUUUUUGAAUGCAUUGUAAGUUGACUUUGACCAACAUCAGUGAACCUAAAUGUGAGUAAGUGUAUUUCAUAGUACAAUCAAGGGUUUAACUCUGGAAAAAAAAAAUCAAAUUUAAAUUUUAAUAUUUUUGAAAAUAUACAAGAUGACACAAUUUGCUUCAUCUUCUUAAGCUAAUGCACCAUUGAGUAAUUUGGCCGCAGAGUAAGUUAAAAGGAGGCUGUCGUCAAUCUCAUUACAGCAUGGUCUUGCCAAGGCCAAACUUAACAAAGGUAUGGUUUGGGUCCUUCUGCUGAAGACUGCCUUUUAAAGGACAAAGAAUAACACCCUAUCCUUGCUACAGGUGUUAUAACUAACUGACAUAACAAUAUACAUGAUGUAUGACAUAUCAGCUGAGAUGUAUAUGUUACUAACUAUAUAUUUUAUAAUGCACUCUAGUUUAUCCGUAUGCCAAUUUAAUUUUUUAAAUGCUUAAAUGGCAGAUUAUUUCAAAUUAUAUAAUAUUUUCAGUUUUCAUAGUUAUGAUCACCAGGUUUUGAAGUCGACAUGCAUACAGCUUAGAGAUGUGUUUAAUGUCUGUGAAUAUAUUUAUAUUUGAUGUGGACAAUUUUCCGUGAUUAAUUUGUAUACUGUUAAGAAGUAUACUACUUUGUGUAUAAAGUAUAUAGGUAUGACUCCUAUCUGUAGAUAUGUAUGUAGAAAGUGUAGACAUUUGGACACACAGAUACAGGUAAACACAUGUGUCACUUACAUAAAGGUAUCUUUAGGUAAGAUCCAUAACUCUGGAAUACAGGUAUGUUCAGAUAAACACCUGCAAUUCUGACAUAUAGAUACAGGUAAACACAUGUGUCAUUAACAUAAAGGUAUCUUUAGGUAACAUCCAUAACUCUGGAAUACAGGUAUGUUCAGGUAAGUACUUGUGAUUUUACAGUUAAAGAUAAGCAUGAGAAUAUUUGAGUUGGUUUAACACAUACUUUAAGUAAUUUAAUUAUCUCAUUGUCCACAAACCACAAUGGUAAAAGAUUGUGUGAUGUCUGGUUUAUGGGGUACCAGGUAUUUUAGAUUAUUAGUAUGCAUGCUUUAUUGGGUAAUUUGAAUACAUGAUCCUGUAUAUUGAUUUUUAAAUUUGCAAAGGUUUCAAUUCAAACAUAUUUUAUUGACGCUGAAUAGUCGAAGGGAUUGGGCAAAAUUCUUACAACUUACUAGGCCCUCUCCGGUUACUGCAAAGAAUUUAAAUGAGUUUGAAUAGUGUACAUAUUUAAAGUGCCUUAAAGAUAAUUGUUUUUGAGAUAUUAUUUCUGAAUGUGAUUGUUUUGUACACACCAAGUUGUAUAUAUGAUAUGUUUUACAAUAAGUAUGUAUAUAUUCUGAACAUUUACAUGUUGGACAUUUUUAAAUGUAAAAAUAUUUGUCUUUAUCAACAGAUAAAUGUUUGGGUUUUGUUAUUGAUUUGAAAGGAUGUAAUUAUAGAUUAGUUUUUAAUAUUUGUUGUAUAAAAUGUAGAGCAAUUUUGACAUUGAAAAUUAGAUUAUAAAGACAGUGUAGUAUGUCUGUAGUAAAAUUAAUCAUAGAUAAUGUUAUUACAUUACAAUGGAAUCUUGUUAGUUAGGACACUGAAAGACUGCAGAGAGGUAAUUACAAAGUAUUAAAUUAUUAUUUGGAACAGGGGUGCAUGUACUCCUGAUCGUUCAGACUAACUUUGUUCGUUUGUGGUGUAUUCCAGAACCUCCACCUUUCCUUACCUGUCACUCACUACACAGACGAGUCAGUUACUCACUUAGUCUAUACAAGUGAGUCAGUCACUCACUACACAUUUGAGUCCAUCAUUCACUACACAGCUGAGUCAGUCAGUCAGUCACUAAACAGCUGAGUCUGUCACUCACUACACAGUUGAGGCACUCACUCACUACACAUUCAAGUCCAUCACUCACUACACAGGUGAGUCUGUCACUCACUACACAGGUGAGGUACUCACACACUACACAGAUGAGUCUGUCACUCACUACACAGGUGAGUGUCACUUACUACACAGGUGAGUCAGUCACUUACUACACAGGUGAGUCUGUCACUCACUACACAGGUGAGUCUGUCAGUCACUAAACAGCUGAGUCCGUCACUCACUACACAGUUGAGGCACUCACUCACUACACAUUCAAGUCCAUCACUCACUACACAGGUGAGUCAGUCACUCACUACACAGGUGAGGCACUCAUGCACUACUCAUUUAAGUCAAUCAUUCACUUCACAGGUGAGUAAGACACUCAAUAUACAGGUGAGUCACUCGCUAGCUAUGACAUACAAUGUACCUGUACAGGUGAAUGAGUUGAUAUUCUCACAUGUUUCUGUUGAUUGAUGCAUAUUUAUUGGUUUAGAUAUAAUUUUGAUAAUUCACUGAAUCUGUUGUCUGUUAUGUACUGUGACCUCCAACUCUUAUUGAUGCCGUCCACGCCUCUUAUUUUUUGCAUUUUAAAGCCUUCAAUGAAAUUAGUUUCUGGUUUUACACCUUUGAGUGAUUAAUGACUAACAUAAGUAAAGGAAAAUUUGUGAUGAAAAUGUUAACACUAUAUUAGAAAAACCCACCUACCCCUGAUAUCACUAUAAGUAAAGCCUAGCUAUUACUAUAAUAGUGAUGUAGUUGCGUAAUUUAUUAAUUACAUUGAUCAUACAGUAUGGGACCAAUAUAGUUGUACUUCAAUCAGAUAGUUGUUUUGUUGCUAUGGUAACUAUAUAGAAGGUUAUAUUUUCUUCAUCCUUGAACAGGAUACCAACUCUAAAAACGGUGAGAACUCUGUAAAACAUUUACCUCAUGUACAUCUCCAUUAGGAAUUGGAAUACACCUCAUAUUCCUCCAGAAUUGGUUUAAAAGCAAAGUAUUUCUUAUAGAUGAGAAUGGUGUAACUUGAAUGUGUAAAAGCUCCAAUUGAAGGGGUGGGGAUGAGUGUUGGGAUGAUGGGGGUGGGGAUGAGUGUUGGGAUGAUGGGGGGGGGGAUGAGUGUUGGGAUGAUGGGGGUGGGGAUUUGUUUUGAAGGAUUCUAGGGGGGAAAUAAACAGGUGUUAAUUUGACCAUUUACAUCAACUCAUAAAAUAGGGGAUUAGUGACAGUAGUUGUUUCACACUGUGAAAGAUACUGUAAAACAUAUAGUCUAAAGAAAUUGUUUAAUCUUUAUGUUAUUUAGUAAUAUACAGCUUAGAAAAAUGUCAAAUACUAUAUUCAAUGUAAUAUUGUGUAGGUGAGGGAGAUUUUUGCUAUUUUAGAGCUCACAUAACUAAAUCAUUGCUUGAAUUGUUGUAUUCAUAUUGUUAAGAAUAUUCUAUAUGUCAUCCGGAUACAAGUAUAUCUCUCACAGACGUACGGUAUAUGUUUUUUCCACACUAUCUAUUUUAUCUGAUUUUCUUUCUUUGUUUAGUUGUUCUCAUAGCAUCUCAUCAGAAAUUAAAAAUUUAACCAUAGCUUUUUGUCGGAUGUUUUUUUUUUUUUUACAGAAAAUUAUAAAAUGUUACUGAAGUACGGUAACCAUUUUUUUUUUUUUGUAACUUUUUUUCAGAAGAUUUGGAUUAUGUUCGUUUUAGAGUAUUUGGGAAGUUAAACACUCUUUAAUUUGCAUGGAAAAGUAUCAUGAAAUAUGAGGAUUGACAGAAAAUACAAUACUGUACUGUUACCAUCCCCCUGAGGAACUAAUACAGUGAAAACGUUACUGCAAAAUGUAACAUAUUCUUUUGUCAAUUUAAUCAUUCCCCCCUGAAAUUUCAUAAUGGACCAUUCCAACCUUUGAAUUGGA